AUGGUUGAAUUUAAAACUUAACACAACGGUGACGAAACCGUGCGUGUGCUAACGUUUUGUAGCGGCAACUUUUGCCAACAGUCAACAGUAGUGUACAUCGGGUGGUAGCUAGUUUCGCGAAGCAGCAAACGGUUACAAUGUACCUCGUGUUACGGUACCGAAUAUUGUAACUUAAAAUGUCUGGAACUGUAGCGUUACCUUUCCCUUACGGGGCGGUUAUGGAAUUCAGUCCAACAAGGAAUGGCGACAAGGAAAACGAUGUUGCUGUUUUGCGCCUGGUCCUGUUUUCGAAGGCUCCUUUUGUAUCUUUUGGGACAGUGAAGAUCGGCACCUCUAAAUCGACCGUUCUGCGCAUUGAAAAUCCAACCGAGGAGUCAGAGGCCGUGGUGACUGUUGACAGGAUUCCAUCAAGUAAAGGCUUUUCUGUGAACAGCAACACAUUCACAAUUCAGCCCCAGGGUUCAUUUAGCCUGACGCUUACCUGGACUCCAACAGAAGAGGGUGGACUCAGAGAGCUGAUUAUCUUCAAUGCCAAUGGGGUCCUCAAGCACCAGGCUGUUUUACUGGGGAGAGCGGAAGCACCCCAACAGAGAAAGAAGAGCUUAUGGGAUGCCAUCAAAAACAAGAGGGGAUAUGAAAAAGGAUCUCCCUACAGGGGAAAAAGGACAGCGCCCCAGACUAAGAUGGCUGCCAAUAAAACACAACACAUGUCCAGGAAGCCACAGUACAAACGGGAUAAACGCCGCAGUCCUCUUUCUUCACUCAAUGAUGAAAAAACAGGCAGAGAUAAGUCUAUUGGGGAGCACAGUCCCCUUGAUGGUCACCCUUUGAAAUCUGAACAGCAAAACGCUUUAAAUCCCAUUCGAAAACAAUGGCCUUUGGUGGACCAGGAGAAUGUGCUCCAUGUUAAGAGCCACUCUUCUCUUGAGGUAGCCACAAAGGAGACAGAGAUGAGAGGUAGUUCAGGUUCCAUGGCGGGGAAGCUUGAAAACAAAGAGCUCACCAAAAUGCUUAAUAAGACACUGUCACCUAUUGGGACACCAGAGAGGUUAAAAAGGUUCAUGCCUCACGUUCAGUCGGUGGAAUACACAUCUCCUGUGACCUCUAAGACUGUGUCCAGAGGACCAGUGGUGUCUUUGACUGAUGCACUUGCACUCAUUAACUCUGACAUCGGCCUUAUCAACAGCAGCCCUAAAGACACCAGUUCUAGUUGCGGCUUUUCUGAUUCCCUGGAAUUUAAAAGUGACGAUCAUGACUAUUUCAAAGCACGCCCUGAAAGCCCAGAACUGUCUGAGCCCACCGAUGCCAGACUUACUUUCUUUGUCAGCAAAAAGGUUGAUGUGCCCAGGGCUGAAACGACUAUAGAAAGAUCUAAAAAAAUGCCUUUUAACUGUGCCACGGUGAUAAAAAAUAAAGCACCAGUGACAAAUUGUGAAAGUGGACGAAAAAUAAAGAAGUCAAGGCGGCGACUCAUGGAGAAAACGCUGGAGUUGUCAGAGGGCAGCAGCCAGGGUGAGUCUGGACCAGGCACCCCCCACCUCCCUGUAAUAGAACCAGACACAAGGACAGAGGGAUCUGAGAGAGCUGGUUCAAUAUGUCUCGACAGCAAAACAGUCCAAGAGUUUAAUGAUAGACCAACACAAAGACUUGAUGAUGCUCAAAUGCCCAUCAAUUCACAUGUAAGCUCUCCUCUACCCAAAACUCACUGGAGUGUCACCCUCUCAGUCGCUUCCCCACCUGCCACUAUCCCUCCCAUGACAUUCACAAUUUCCUCCCCAUUACCCAUGGACCAGUCUUCUCCACUUCACUGCAGCAACACAUCAAACCAUCACCUACCUAAACCAUAUCAGGAAACCGAUAUUCUUCCUCAGCUCGUCUCAGCCAAUAUGUCCACCCAGGAGGAUUUAUUUCCUGUUCACAUGGUGACAAAGAGCAGAAAGAGGAAGAGUGAAGAGUAUUUGAGAAGUGCCAUGAAGAUCGACGAUGGUGGAAAAAUCGAGCCGGUCAAAAAGACCAAAACAGUGGCUUGGAAAAGUGAGCCCGUCAAAUCAACACAGGAGAGAAGUAUGUCAAAGAGGCAGUCGCUCCAAUCAAAAGGUUCGAUGCACCCAAUGAAAACAUCUGUAAAGACCAUAAAGUCAUCAGUCUCUGCUCAGACAAAGCCAACAAGUGCCAAACUCCCCCUACGAGGCGCUGUCUCGCUGAGGUCAUCCAGAGCACAGAGUGUCAAGUCUGUGAAGAUGGCUGCUGUAGCAAAGUCAAAGUUGGUCUUUGUCAAACCGACUCAGACAGCCAUACCCAGGCAUCCACUUCCUUUUGCUGCCAAGAACAUGUUCUAUGAUGAGAGAUGGCUUGAGAAGCAGGAGAGGGGUUUCACAUGGUGGCUCAACUAUGUCCUGACCCCAGAUGAUUUUAAAGUCAACACAGAAAUGACCAAAGUGAGUGCUUCACCUCUGACAAUGGGCAGCAGUGAUAAAUUCAGUGUUCUCCAAGCUCCCACCAAAGAAGAGAUGUCUUUCAGUACUUACACAGCCCGCCGAAAGUUAAACCACCUUCGCCGGGCUGCCUGUCAGCUCUUCACCUCAGAGACUAUGGUCAAGGCCAUUAAGAGGUUGGAAAAUGAAGUGGAAGCAAAGAGGCUUCUCAUCCGCAAAGACCGCCAUCUUUGGAAAGAUAUAGGUGAACGUCAAAAAGUCCUCAACUGGCUUCUUUCCUACAAUCCACUGUGGUUACGGAUUGGGCUUGAGACAAUCUUUGGAGAGCUGAUCUCACUGGAAAGCAACAGUGACGCAAUGGGUCUGGCUUUGUUCAUCCUCCACCGUCUUCUAUGGAAUCCUGAUAUCGCAGCAGAGUUCAGACAUCCUAAAGUUCCUCAUCUUUACAAAGAUGGCCACGAGGAGGCGCUGUCUAGCUUCACUCUAAAGAAGCUGCUUUUGCUGGUGUGCUUCUUGGACAAGGCCAAAGAAUCUCGCCUGAUUGAGCAUGAUCCAUGUCUGUUCUGUGUUGAUGCAGAGUUCAAGACAAGUAAAGACUUGUUGCUGGCCUUCUCAAGAGACUUCUUAAGCGGGGAGGGGAUUCUUCCUCGCCAUCUUGGCUACCUUGGGUUACCAGUCUCCCACUGUCAAAAUGCCCUUGAUGAAUUCAACUUUGCUGUGAUAAAUUUGGCAGUUGACUUGAAAUGUGGAAUUCGACUAGUGAGAGUCAUGGAGCUCCUCAUAAAGCAGUGGAACUUGUCAGAAAAGCUGCGACUGCCAGCCAUCAGCCGUCUGCAAAAAAUUCACAACAUGGAUAUUGUUUUGCAAGUCCUCAAAAUCAGACUGGUCGACCUUAAGGAUGAACAUGGCGCCAUCAUAGAUUCUCGAGACAUUGUGGAUGGACACAGAGAGAAGACGUUGAGCCUCCUGUGGAAAAUAAUUUUUUCAUUUCAGGUGGAGGUGAUUUUGAAUGAGGAUCAUUUGAGGGAAGAGAUUGUCUUCCUCAGGAGAACCCUGAGGUCAAAACUGAGGUUGGCCUCUGUGAGGGCCGGUCACGGCCUUGAAUCCAGUGCACUAAAGACGAAGGUGCCGUAUGAGCACUGCAGCACUAAAGUUGUCCUGCUGAUGGAAUGGGCCCGCGCUGUGUGUGACUUCUACAAUCUGACGCUGGAGAACUUCACUGUGACAUUCUCAGAUGGCCGUGUCCUCUGCUACCUAAUCCACCACUACCAUCCCAGUCUCAUCUCAGAAGAGUCUGUGCAUCACAGCACCACCCAAACUGUAGAUUGCUCAUCAAGGGGUCGCCUGGAGCUCAACUGCGCAGCUAUUGACUCUGACAGCUCUUUUGAAUGCUCUCCCUCGUGCCUAAACGGCCCUGAGUCUCCCUCUGCAGAGUUUAAAGAACUACUGGAAAAUGAAAAAAGCAACUUCAGGCUGGUUAAUACUGCGGUGGCUUUCCUGGGUGGCGUACCUGCCAUGAUCAAUCCAGCCGACAUGUCCAACACCAUCCCCGAUGAGAAGGUUGUAAUGUCUUACCUAUCUUUCCUGUGCGCUCGUCUGUUGGACCUACGUAAUGAAACCAGAGCAGCUCGGAUCAUCCAAGGUGUCUGGAGGAAUUACAGACUAAAGAAAGACUUGCAACACUACAAGGAGAGAAACAAGGCUGCUGUAAAAAUCCAGAUGGUUGUGAAGCAUUUUCUCCAGCGAUGCAGGGGCAAGAAGCAAUAUGCAGCGUCCAUCAUCAUACAAUCUGUUUGGAGAGGCUUUGUUACACGCAAAAGACUGCGGAUGAAAAAAGAGGCAGAGCUCCAGAUCAUACAGAAUCGAGCAGCAACCGUCAUCCAGGCACAGUGGAGAAUGUUUUCAGCCAUGAGAUAUUACCAACAACUCAGAUACAACACCAUUGUUGUCCAAGCACAGUGGCGAAUGAAAAGGGCUGCUUCUGCUUAUGGGAAAAUCUACUGGGCGACAACUGUCAUGCAGAGAUAUUUACGAGCUUGGAUUCUUGCGAGAAAAGUACGCAAGCGUUAUCUCUCCCUCAAAGCUGCAGUGACGAAAAUGCAGAGAGGGUACAGAUUGUGGAAAAUCCAGAAAACUCAAAGGGAAAACCAUGCUGCCAGAAUAUUACAAACCACAUAUAGGAAAUGGUACAUGGAGAAAAUAGCCAAAAGAACAGCUGCAUCUAUUAAGAUUCAGUCUUUCUAUAGAAUGCAGAGGUGCUUGCAUGAAUACAGAAAGAUCCAAAGAAGCACCUUGCUCAUUCAAGCCCACUACAGAGGUCAUGAACAAAGGUGCCGCUUUCGAAGGCACAAGCAACAACACAACUCGGCCAUUGUCAUUCAAAGUGCCUUCCGGGGGCACCGGGUCAGGAAACGGGCCAUGAGAAUGAAAUACGCCUCAAUCGUAAUCCAGAGGUGGUACAGAGCCUCUGCGAGAAGAGACGUGGAAAGGCAAAUAUUUGUCAAAAUGUGCAGUGCUGCCAGAACCAUUCAGGUGGCUUACCGAAGAAAACAAACUUGUGACUUGUUGAAAAAACAGCACACUGCAGCAACUGUGAUACAGGCUGCAUUCAGGAAAUUCGCUACCCAAAACCGUUACCUUUCUCUAAAAAAAGCAACGGUUACGAUACAGCAAAAGUAUCGAGCCACAGUUUUAGCUCGUCAGGAAAAGGCAGACUUUGAAACCCUCAGAAAGGCUGUACUCAAUGUACAAGCAUACUGGAGAGGCAGAGCUGACAGGAUGAUGAUUGAAAAUUACCAUCAGUGUGCUACACUUAUCCGGGCCCACUACUGUCGAUACAAGGCUCAAGCAACGUUUCGGUCAAAAAAGUCGGCAUCUGUUGUCAUUCAGCGCCAAUAUAGGGCUUAUGUAGCUGGCAAGAAAACAAGGAAAGCAUUCCUCCAGAAGAGAGCAGCCUGUGUUGUGAUAGAAGCUGGAUUUAGAGGCAUGAAAGUUAGGAAAGAUAUGAAGAAAAAGCACAAUGCUGCAACUGUCAUUCAGUCUACAGUUAGGAUGUAUUUGAGUAGAAAAAAAUACAUCAUCCUUCAAAGUGCAAUCAUCAUCAUCCAGAGCCAUUAUAGAGCCCUACUCCACUGCAGAACACAGCAACACAAGUACAAAGAGCAAAAGAAAGCAGCCUUAAAAAUACAAGCAGUUUACAGAGGCUGGAGAGGAAGAGAAGAGUUUAAGAAGAGGAACAACGCAGCAACAGUAAUCCAGGCUUUGUUCAGAAUGCACAGAGUACGUUUGACUUACCUUGCUACUAAGUGUGCUGCAAUCAUUAUUCAAGAGCGAUACAGGGCCAAAAUCCUCAUGGAGCAACAGCUGAAGAAGUACAAAACCAAGAAAUCUGCUGCUAUCAUCAUCCAGGCCACGUACCGUGGCUACUGUGCCAGGAUGAAGAUUACACAGAUGCACUGUGCGGCUAUUGUCAUUCAAAGAAAUUUUCUCAUGAUCCAUGGGAGGAAUAAAUUCCUCACUAUUAAGUCAGCAACUUUGAUUUUUCAGCAGCGGUACAGAGCAGUGGUCUUGAUGAGAAAAGUCUGGAUGCAUUAUCUCUUAAAGCGCAGGGCAGCCAUUUGCCUGCAAGCAGCCUUCAGAGGAUACAGGGUCCGAAAGCAGUUGAGCAUCAAGCAUAAUGCUGCCGUUAAGAUUCAGUCAAAUCUGCGGAGGUAUCUGCAGAGAAACUACUACAAAAGGCUUAAAUGGGCUUCCUCUUUUAUGCAAGCACGUUACAAAGCCAACAAAGAAAGGAGACAGGACAGUCUGGCUCUGAGUGUGAAGACACAUGCAGCCAUUGUCUUACAAGCUGCUUUCCGGGGAAUGAUAUCUAGAAAACUAGUUAAACAAAAGCAUCAUGUUGCCAUUAUUAUUCAGAGAGCUUUCAGAGCCCACUAUGAACACAAAAGGUUUAUUGCCUUAAAAUCCUCAGUGCUUGCCAUACAACGUAGAUAUCGCGCCAAUGUGGCAGCCAAAGCUCAAAUGCAGCAUUACCAAAACAUUCAUAAGUCUGCAGUCAUCAUUCAGGCAGCAUACAGAGGGUUGCGGGUCAGGAAGGACGUUGCUUGUUGGCAUCAGGCUGCCACUUUGAUCCAGUCUACUUUCAGAAAGCACAGAGAAGAAGUCAAAUUCCAGGAAAUCAGUUUGUCGGCAAUAAUCAUCCAGAGAUAUUACCGGGCCUAUGUCCUUCAGAAACAAUAUAAGAGAUACUACCUGAAAGUCAGAUUCUCAGCCACCAUUCUUCAGGCAGCUUUCAGAGGUCGCUCUGUAAGACAAAGGAUUUCCAAGAUGCACAGAGCAGCUACCAUUAUUCAAGCAAACUUCAAGAGGCAUAAGCAGCAAUUCCUCUUCAGGAAACAACUUUGGGCUGUAUGUGUCUUACAGCAGAGAUUUAGAGCUAUGAGACAGAGAAACCUUGAGGUAAAACGCUAUCAAGAAGUUAAGAUUGCUCUGAUUCGACUACAAGCUACAUUCCGAGGAAUGAAAACAAGACGAUCCAUCAAACGAAUGCAUCUGGCUGCAACUGUAAUCCAGUCUGCUUUCCGAAGUCACAGAGAGAAAGUCAAGUUCCAGGCCAUGCGUUCGUCAGCCACCAUCAUCCAGAGAUGCUACAGAGCCUACGUUCUUCAGAAAAAAGAAAGGGACUACUUCCUGAAAGUCAGAUCUUCAGUCAUUUCUCUGCAGGCAGUUUGCAGGGGUUGUUUGGAGAGAAGAAGAAUUUCCAAGAUGCACAGAGCAGCUACACUCAUUCAAGCAAACUUCAAAAGGCAUAAGCAGCAAUUCCUCUUCAGGAAACAACUUUGGGCUGUCCGUGUCUUACAGCGGAGAUUUAGAGCUAUCAGACAGAGAAACCUUGAGGUAAAACGCUAUCAAGAAGUUAAGAUUGCUCUGAUUCGGCUACAAGCUACAUUCCGGGGAAUGAAAACAAGACGAUCCAUCAAACGAAUGCAUCUGGCUGCAACUGUAAUCCAGUCUGCUUUCCGAAGUCACAGAGAGAGAGUCAAGUUCCAGGCCAUGCGUUCGUCAGCCACCAUCAUCCAGAGAUGCUACAGAGCCUAUGUUCUUCAGAAAAAAGAGAGGGACUACUUCCUGAAAGUCAGAUCUUCAGUCAUUUCUCUGCAGGCAGUUUGCAGGGGUUGUUUGGAGAGAAGAAGAAUUUCCAAGAUGCACACAGCAGCUACACUUAUUCAAGCAAACUUCAAAAGGCAUAAGCAGCAAUUGAUUUUCAGGAAACAACUGUGGGCUGUCUGUGUCUUACAGCAGAAAUUUAGAGCUCUGAGACAGAGAAACUUUGAGGUAAAACAUUAUCAAGAAAUCAGGAAUGCUGUGAUUAGUCUACAAGCUGCCUUCCGGGGAAUGAAAUCCAGAAAAUCCAUCAGACAAAUGUAUCUGGCUGCCACUAUUAUUCAAGCAGCUUUCCGAGUCCAUUGUCAGUUCAAGCAGUAUAUGAAAAUAAAAUCCUCUGUGCUAACCAUUCAGCAAAGGUUUCGCGCUACUGCAGCAGCCAAAUUUCAAAGGAAAAAGUACUUGAAAGCACGCAGCGCAGCCAUCAUCUUUCAGGCGGCAUACAGAGGCCAGAAAACCCGAAAGCACAUUGCUCAUUUACAUCAGGCUGCAACUGUAAUCCAGUCAGCAUACAGAAAGCAUGUUGAGGUAGUAAAGUUUCAGGUUAUGUAUGCGUCUGUUGCAAUCAUUCAAAGGCAAGAAAGAAACAAGUUCCUGAAAAUCAAACACGCCACAGUCAUUCUUCAGGCUGCAUAUCGAGGUCACUGUGUCAGAAGGGACAUAAGUACACAAAAUCGCGCCGCCAGUUUGAUCCAGUCAUACUGGAGAUGCUCGGUACAGAGGCGCAUCUUCCUGAAGAGGAGAGUGGCGGCUGUGAAUUUGCAACAGAGGGUCCGAGCAAUGCAGCUUGGCAAAGUACAAAGAAAAAAGUAUGCCCGACAAAGGCAGGCUGCAAUCACCCUUCAGACUCAUUGCAGAGCCUGGAUUGUACGAAAGCAGGAACUUGAGGCUGCCAAAGCACAGAUAAGACUUCGUUUUGCUGGGGCAGUCUACCACCACCUCAGUGCUAUAAAGAUCCAAAGAGCUUGGCGAGCACACUGGACCUUGGAGUCUGCUAAGAGACAGAUACAUUCUGUCAUCAUUAUACAAAAUUUUGUGCGAGUGAGGCUGCAAAGGAGACGGUACUUGGCGGACCGAAGGAAGGUGGUUACAGCCCAGAGAGCAGUCAGGCGUUGGUUAGCUCGUCGCCACAAUUCUGCUUCUGUCAUCCAAAAUGCUGCUCGGAGGUUCCUCCUCCUCAGGCGCCAGAAGAGAGUUGAACAGGGCAUUGUCAAAGCUCAGGCGCUGUGGAGAGGACAUGUCUCCCGCCGACUGAAUGACAGUGCCAAAGUAACAAAGUUGAGGCACCACUUGCGGAAAGUCUCAGCUGGCGCCCGAGAGGAGGACAAAUUGCGCAACAAAACCUCCUCUGCGUUGGACUGCAUCCUUCGAUACAAACACUUCUCCUCAAUGCUCGAGGCUCUAAAAAACCUAGAAGCUGCCACCAGGUUGUCCCCUGUGUGCUGUGAGCAUAUGGUAGAGAGCGGCGCCACCAGCGUCAUCUUCACCCUUAUCCUCUCCUGCAACAGGAGUGUGCCCUGCAUGGAUGUCAUCAUCUACUCCAUCCAGAUCCUUCUCAACCUCUCGAAGUACCACAAAACCAUUGAGGCUGUAUAUAUGGUGGAAAACUCAGUGGAGACACUGGUAGACUUGCUCCAGAGAUAUAGAGAAAAAGCAGGUGAUAAAGUAGCAGACAAGGGUGGCAGCAUCUUCACCAAAGCCUGCUUUCUACUGGUUCUGCUCCUGCAAGAAAAAUGCCAUGCUGAGGAGGUUACGAAGCAUCCUAAAGUCUUGAAUAGGAUAAAAAGUAUCUACCACCUCACUGUUCGAAAAUCCAAGAUGGAUGCAGAAAGAAAUGUGACCAGACAGAAGAUUAAUGCAUCAAUCAAUGGAAGCUUCUAUGUUUCAGCAACACCAAAUAAAUCCCGUCCCGUCCCAAAGUUUGCACCAGACUGGGUUCUCAGAAAGGACAAGCUUAAAAAUAUAGUGGAUCCUCUUAAGGCCAUUCAGAUGUUGAUGAACACUCUCUCUAUUGUCAUGUAGAUAAACUGUCACAUCUCUCACAGGAUAUUUUGUGUGUGUGUUUCAGAAUGUCUUUUAUGUAAAGGUUUUUACAAAUACAUUUUCAUGACUACAUUAAAUAGAUUUCUGUGUUUCCUGUUUGCAA